GACAAUGGAAAUCUUACAGGGCUAAAGGACCAUUGAUGAUGUCAUGGUCAUGUGAUCAGUCACAUGUUUGGGAGGAGUCAUGAUUCCGGGUGUUCUGGAGAAUAUUCUUGUGAUACUGGAUUAUAUGAACAUCUCCUAAUAAUCAGGUCCAGGACUCUCAGAGCUGAAGUUUUCCUAUGAAGUACAAUGGUCCUUAUCACCAAUGACCGACCAAGGAGGGACGAUGCCAGAAACCACAUGUCUGGGAGGAUAUUAGACCUCACCCUGGAGAUAAUCUACUGGAUAACUGGAGAGGAUUACACAGUAGUGAAGAAGUCGUCUGGUGAGUGUGUGACCCCCCGUGUGUCAGGAGGGCGGGGCAGGAGCCAGAGCCCCGCCCCCGAGGAGCCUCCACCUCAUUCACUGAUACAUGAGCAGAAGAUCCUAGAACUUACCUCCAGGAUCACUGAGCUGCUGACUGGAGAGGUUCCAAUAAGGUGUCAGGAUGUCGCUGUCUAUUUCUCCAUGGAGGAGUGGGAGUAUUUGGAAGGACACAAGGAUCUGUACGCAGACAUAGUCAUGAUGGAGGAUCAGCAGCCCCUCACAUCACCACUGGAUGGAUCCAGUCAGAGAAAUCCCCCAGAGAGAUGUCCCCGUCCUCUAUAUUCCCAGGAUUGUAAAGAGGAAGAGCAGAAUGUCCCUGUGGAUCAUCAGAAACGUGACGGUGAGACGACAAUUGGACCUGAGGAACCAGAAUCAGUGUCGGAGAAAUCCCGGACAUUCGCGCACGUGGCGCAGGAGGAGAACGCCGCUGAAGACCUCACCACUCCAACAGACCUCUCCCUCCCGGCACUUACGGGUUGCCAGAGACCUGUUAACCUGACAACGCCUAGGCACGUCCGCUCGAGCCUACAGGGCAAUUGUGAGAGCUCCGAGGGACCCAGCGGAAGCGAUGAACACUGGAUGAGAGACUCCCAUGGACUUUUCAUGUUAUCUCCGCAUUUUGAGGAAGAAAAUAGCUACGCCACCCUAGAUAAUUCAGCAGCUCCUUAUGUACCCAUAGUCCUUCACAGCAGCGACCUAUCCACAAAUACCGCUGGUCACCAGGAACCUUUCUCUCAUCAAUUACUGAUUGCCGAACAGAGAAAUGGAAAGAAACCUUUUGUGCACAAGCGAGUAAACCAAUCUGAAAGGCCAUAUGUAUGUUCAGAAUGUGGGAAAACUUUUCGUAGGAAACUUAAUCUUGAGUUACAUCACAGAAUUCACACAGGGGAAAAGCCAUAUUUAUGUAGAGUAUGUGGGAAAUGUUUUACCCAAAAAUCAGGUCUUCGUGAACAUCACAGAAUUCACACAGGGGAGAAGCCGUAUUCAUGUACAGUAUGUGGGAAAUGUUUUACCUUUAAAGCUGUUCUUGUCGGCCAUCUGACAACCCACACGGGAGAGAAGCCGUUCACAUGUCUUGAAUGUGGGAAGUGUUUUAGUCAAAAACCACAUCUUAAGUCACAUCAAAGAGUUCACACCGGGGAGAAGCCAUUUCCUUGUCCCGAAUGUGGAAAAUGUUUUAGUCAUAAAUCAAAUCUUAAUGAACAUGUAAAAACUCACACAAGGGAGAAGCCGUUUUCAUGUCCUGAAUGUGGGAAACGUUUUGCCGAGAAAUCGAGUCUUGUUAAACAUCAAUUGGAGGUGGGGGGCUCACACUAAAAGGAAAUGGAUGUGUAUCGAGGUACUGUAUGUUACACGUUAACCCUACGUGUCAAAAUAUAAUAUAGAAAUAAUAUAUGGAAAUACAGACCUCUAGAUGCACAUGUGAUCUGUAUGAAAUGGCUGAAAUUUUGAUAGAUGUCAGGAUAGAGUGAGAAGGUGAGUGAUAAAAUUAAUGUUGUUACUUACUAUAUAUAAUGAUAUAUAAAAUAACAAAAUAUCAUAGAUAAUACAGUAAUAAUUAGUACAGGCUAAGUGAUAAUAGUAACAAUGAUAUGAAUUUAAUUAUUAAAUGUUGUGUGUGCGGCUGUGCAGGGCCCUUGCACAAACCGCUCCUUUAUUACAAUUAAUUAUCAAAAGUAGUUAAAAAAAAAAAAUGAAAGACCUAAAAUGUAUAAUUAAAAUAGAUAUAUGAAAUUAAAGGGGUAUUCCAGGCCAAAACUUUUUUUUUAUAUAUCAACUGGCUCUGGAAAG